AUGUAUCCCAUAUCCGACCUCACCGCGUUCUGCCGCAGGACUACCGGAGAUGUGCCUCCAAAGCUGGUCGGCGCGUCGACCACCGUCAUCGGGUCGAAGAUGUAUCUCUACGGAGGUCGCUUGGUAUCGGAGCGUAGGAUGGUCUCGGAUAUCUACAUGUUUGACCUGGAGACUUUCCACUGGGAAAGGCUACCCCAAUCUCCGGAGGACGAUAUUCCUCAGGCGCGAUACUUCCACAGCGCGGAUGCAUGGUGCAACCAUCUCAUCAUCUUCGGUGGUAUGGCUAUCAAGCCUCAGUCCGACAACCCUGAGGAUCUCUGUGUCUUGAACGACGUUCGUCUCUUCGACUUCACCUCUGGACACUGGGUUCCGUCGUCCGCCACAUCCGGCGAAUCAUCACCGCCCUCGUUUGUUCCCAAUGCGCGCUACGCCCACCUUAGCUCCGUCAGCGCGGACCGCCUCUUUAUCAUUGGUGGUCAGGACCUCGCCAACGUCUGGUUGGAUGACGUGUACAUCUAUGACCUCGUCAAGAAGGUUUGGGUGCAGAGGCGGGAGUACUCGCGACAUUGUGGGACAUACCGAAGUGUAGCUGUCACUGCGGAUAUGCGAGUCCGGUUGCCCCAAGAGGAGAUGCGCACCGGUCAAUCGAUGCCGUCUAACCUCGGUCCCGCUGGCGCACGCUUCAAGACGAACAGGAAUGGAACGCCUACUACGCCUGUCACUUCCCCAGAAUCGCUCAGUCAUCUGCCAUACUCUGCUUCUCCAACUGACGACUAUCCCUGUGACAUAUUUUUAUUCAGCAACUACAACUUCACUGACGUCCAGCGGGAGCUGGAAGUGUUCUCACCACUUUCGGACGGUGACUUUACCGUGUCCGACCGAUCCGCCGCCAUGACUGGUACUUCAUUUCCUCCAGGUCUUCGGUUCCCAACGGGGGCUAUACUGGGCACCUUCUUCAUCGUUGCCGGCACUUAUCUCUCUCAGACGUACCAAUCCUUCUCGAUUUGGGCACUGGAUCUCAUCAACAUGACUUGGUCACGUAUUGAUCCCGGCAGCGCUCUCGCGACAGGUUCUUGGUUCCGAAGCUGUCUAUGGCCCGCUGCGAAUCGCUUCAUCGUAUUCGGCAACCGACAUGGGAACCUUGUUGAGGACUACAACCGACGUCUGCUCAGCUGGGACCACGUCACAUGCAUUGAUCUGGAGGCCUUUGGCAUCUACCAACCGCCGCCGCUCGUCUUGGACGUCCCUUCACAGGAACUUGGACUGGCAGCGUUCGAGGAGGGCGCGCUCGCGGACUUUGAGAUCUUAUGUGACGAUGGGCGCAAGAUCCGGUGUUCGCGGAGGCUGCUGGAGGAACGAUGGUCCUGGUUCAAGGAGCAACGUCAGUUGUUUGUGCAGGCCGCGCAGCGGGAGACAGAGGCAAUGGAGCCAAUCCCACAGCACGUGCCGCUGCCUGAACUACCUGGGGCCUACGACGGGCAGGAACCGCGACCGGAUCCGAGGCUCACACCUCGCUCGUUCAACUUGUCGGAGCCAUAUCCAGUCACUCUGGCGCUGGUGCAGUACUUCUACUCCAUGGGCCUGAUCACGCCUCUCCAACAUGCGCCCGCGGUACUGAGCCAACUUCUACUGCUGUCAAGCACGUACGAACUUGUGCAUUUGCAAUCGCUCGUGAAGCAUGCGAUGCACCGCGCGCUCAGCUAUGCCACGUCUGUGGGAAUCUACGGCGUUUCUACGCUCUGCAGCUGCAGGAGCCUACAAAUCCGGUGCGUACUUUUCUGUAAUCAGAUUUAG